AUGUUGUGGGCAGCUGCCAGAGCCACUACUAUUCCUUGGUGGGAAGCAGAAAUGGAGAAGAUGAAGGAAGAGGACUUGGAAGCUUGGAAAUGGUUGGUGCAGAGACCACCCAAUAAUUGGACUAGAUCUCAUUUUUAUCCAAGGUUGGCUAAUCGAAGGGCUGCUUGUGGUAAAUGGAAACACCUUGUUGGCCCAAGGAUAUUCAAAAUAAUUGAGAAGAACAAGAUGGGAGCUUCUCAAUGCAUUCCUAGAUUGGCUAGGGAGAAAAUGUAUCAAGUCAGUCAUAUGUAUGAUGGGGAAGAUGAAAACCCUGUUGAAUAUGUACAUGAGUGUUAUAAGCCAAAGACUUACAUGAGGUCAUAUGAACCAAUAGUUCACCCCAUCCCUUCUAUGGAUCAUUGGGUUAAGGGUGGCUUGCCUCCAAUUAGACCUCAAUUUCAUAAGCGUCAACCAGGCAGACCCAAGAAAGUGAGGACAAAUGAAGCUGCUGAGGUUCAAAUACCAGCCCCAAACCCACCAAACCCUUUGCCUCCAGGUUACACUGCUCUAGCAGCAAAACUUAGAAGACUCUUCAUUAAAAUUAAAUGUGGAAAAGAAGGCCACAAUCGAAGAGGAUGUGGAAGACAAAUUGCUAAGGCGACCCAAAAUGGGAAUGUUGGCCAAAAUGAACUUCAAGCAGCUGACAAUGGAAAUGCAGGCCAAAAUGAUAUUGCCCCAACCCAAACUAAUGCUGCCCUGGCCCAAACUGACACUGCCCUAAUCCAAAAAAAAGCUGCCCCAACUCAAACUUACACUAGCCCAGCCCAAAUUCAAGUGGUAAGUGAUAUCAGUCAAGGAAGGGUCAAUCUGCCAAUGACAUACUCACAACAAGUGCCCUUGCAACCAUCAUCCUCUUCACUUACUCAACAAACCACACCCCAUAAAGGAAGAUUCAAACACAGUGUCAAAAUAGGAGGACAAGUAUAG